GGGAGACAUGGGCGGUGCCACUCCGUGGCCACGCCCUGAAGUGGCACGUGAUUCCGGGGGGGUGGGGCCGGAGCGAUGGCGGCGGUGGAGGGCUCGGCGCGGCGGAGGCGGCCGGAGCGGGGGGAGGCGGCGGGGCCGCCCCCGGGCCCUUCACCGCCCGGUGCCGACCCCAAAACCGGCCCCGGUACCGAGCCCGGGCUGGCCCGGCGCCUCCUGGGCUUCGAGCUGCGGGACCUGACGCGCUGGGACCGGUUCGUGCGGCUGCUGCACCGGCCCACCGACCCCGCGGGGCUGGGGGCUUUCCGGGCCGCCUUCGGGCUGCUGAUGGCGCUGGACGUGCCGCAGGAGCGGGGGCUGGCGCAGCUGGACCGGCGCUUCCUGGACGGGCUGGAGGUUUGUCGGUUCCCGCUGCUGCCGUUCCUGCAGCCACUGCCCCUCGACUGGAUGUACCUGCUGUAUGCGGUCAUGUUCCUGGGGGCGCUGGGCAUCAUGGCCGGGUGCUGGUACCGCCUGAGCUGCGUCGCCUUCCUGGGCCCCUACUGGUACGUGCUGCUGCUGGACAAGAGCUCCUGGAACAACCACUCGUACCUGUACGGGCUGCUGGGGACACAGCUGGCGCUGCUGGGCGCCGACCGAUACGGGUCCGUGGACGGGCUGUUCCGUCCCCAGAAGCGCAACGCGCACGUCCCGCUGUGGAACUACGCGCUGCUGCGUGCGCAGAUCUUCAUCGUGUACUUCAUCGCGGGGCUGAAGAAGCUGGACGCAGACUGGGUGGGCGGCUACUCCAUGAACAGCCUGGCCCGGCACUGGCUCUUCGCACCGUUCCGGCUGGUGCUGUCGGAGGCGCUGACCAGCCGGCUGGUGGUGCACGGGGGGGGGCUGGCGCUGGAUCUCUCCGCCGGGUUCCUGCUCUUCUUCGACGCCUCCCGCCCGCUGGGGCUGCUGCUCACCACCUACUUCCACACCAUGAACUCCCAGCUCUUCAGCAUCGGGAUGUUCCCGUACACGAUGCUGCUGAGCAGCAGCCUGUUCUGCCGCCCGUGCUGGCCCCGCCGGCUCCUCCAGCGCUGCCCCCCGUGUCUGCGGGGGGGGCUCCCCAGCUCCCGGCCCCCCCAGCGCAGCCCCGACUGCUGCUACAGCCCGCGGGGGGGGCCCGGGGGGGCCCUGCGGCCCCGGCAGCACCUGGCGGCCGCGUUCACCGUGCUCUACGUGCUGGAGCAGCUGUUCCUGCCGUACUCGCACUUCGUCACCCCGGGCUACAACAACUGGACCAACGGGCUCUACGGCUACUCCUGGGACAUGAUGGUUCAUUCGCGCUCCCACCAGCACGUCAAGAUCACCUAUCGGGACGGGGUGACCGGGGAGCGGGGGUACCUGAAACCAGGGGUGUUCACGCAGACGCGGCGCUGGAAGGACCACGCCGACAUGCUCAAGCAAUACGCGACGUGCCUGAGCCACCUGCUCCCGCGCUACAACGUGUCCCAGCCCCGCAUCUACUUCGACAUCUGGGUGUCCAUCAACGAGCGCUUCCAGCAGAGGCUGGUGGACCCGCGCGUGGACGUGGUGCGGGCGCCCUGGUCCCCGUGGGUGCCCACGCCGUGGGUGCUGCCGCUGCUGCUGGAGCUGUCGCCCUGGCGGGAGCGGCUCCAGGAGCUGGAGAGCCAGCUGGACGGACACACGGACGCCGUCUUCAUCGCAGACUUCCCUGGGCUGCACCUGGAGAACUUUGUGAGCGAGGACCUGGGGAACACCAGCCUGCGGGUGCUGCGCGGGGAGGUGCUGGUGGAGCUGGUGGAGCAGAAUGUGAACCACUCCCUGCGCGAGGGGGAUGGGAUGCAGCUGCCCGCAGGCCAGUACCACAAGGUGCACACGGUGUCCCCGGAGCCCUCGUGCUACAUGUACCUGUACGUUAACACCACGGCCGUGACGCUGGAGCGGAACCUGACGCGGCUGCGGGAGCUGCGGGACCGGCUGCGCAACGGCACCGAGACGGAGCCGCUGCCCCCGGAGCUGCGGCCGCUGCUGGGGGAGCCGGUUCCCAACGGGGUCACCGCGGACCCGCUGGUGACGACGUUUCUGCGCUGGGAGCAGCGUCUGGAGCAGCAGAACCGGCGGCGCGAGGCCGGGCUGGCCCCGCGGCUCCUGCGCUUCCUCCGCCGCAAAUUCUACCUGUUCCGCCGCAGCGCCCUGAUGACACUCAUCUCCCUGCGCAACCUGGCGCUGGGGCGGCCGCCGCUGGAGCAGCUGGCGCGGGAGGUGACGUUCGCCAACUGGCGCGGCGAGGAAGACGAGGGGCGACCCGAGGACGGCGCCGGGGGGGACCCCGAGCUCUGAACGCCCCCGAAAACCCCUUCUUUUUUAAGCCAACGCACAUACAAACUCAGGCAGGUUUAUGGUUAAACCCAGCAGUUUUAUUAAGUUUUUUUCAACUUGGUUUCUUUUUUUUUUUGGAAUUGGUGAGAUCGAAAUGAAAUGUAAUAAAACCUCCAGAAAAAUAUUAAAAGAAAGAAAUUAAAAUUUAAAAAAAAAAAAAGAGAAA